AUGAUUCUCCCCGUUGUCUUGUCUUUGCUUGCUCUGGGAGCGACAAAUACUGUAUCUGGGUCCCUGUAUGCUACUAAGCCGACUGCGGAUACUAUCUAUCGUGCUGGGCACAAUGUCUCUGUAACCUGGAUUGACGACGGUCUCAAGCCUCAUAUCAGCAACAUGGGGAAGUUCAUUAUUGAUUUGUACGCACGUAACGGACCCUACGACGAACACGUAAUGACACUGGCCAAGAAUGUGUCGCCGCUCAGCAAGUCUCAUAGAGUUUACAUCCCUCACAGUUUAGGCACGAAUCGAUCAGACUAUACCUUGCGGUUUAUAUGCAAAGACCCGCUUUUAACUGUAUACACCGCCGACUUCACUAUUUCCGAUGGGCGACCGCCCAUAUCGACCAGAUCUCUUGAGCUCGACUCAGCGACACCGACCUUGACUACCCCGCAUCUUCCAGUAGCGCCUACCAGCAACAUGCAACCUUUCUUCCUAACUCUAGUGAUGCCAGACUUGACUCUCGUUUCUCAAUUACCACCUCGGCCGACGCCUACCCCUGUGACGACCUUCUACGCUGGCCAAGAACAAGAAGACCAAGGCUCAGACAGCUCAUCUCGACUUGGCCCCGCUAAGAGCAGACCUACCAGUGCAAGCUGGAGCCGGUUUGCAGUGCUGGAUAUCGAGAAGAUCAAGUUCAGAAUCGUUUUCAUUCUUUGGCCUGCGCUUAUGGGUAUCACUAUGGCUAUCUAA